AUGUGCGGCGCGGUAGAUCCAGGCUCCGGGACCAAUAAGUUCACCUUCAGCAAGUCGCAGAAGCGCGUCAUCCGGCGCGUCCGCCGGGCGGUGGAGCUCCUGCAGGAGCAGACGCCCGGCUGCCCGCACACCGGGCCCGGGGCCCUGUCGGCCGGGGCCGCCGCCUCUCCCCCCUCCCGGCGCCCGAGCGUGGUGGAGCUCUUCGACGCGGCGGCCGGUGGCAUGCCGGGCGGCGUGGCCAAGCCCGGCAUGCCGGGCGCGCCCGGCAUCGCCACCGGGCCCCUCGGCGGCGCCGGCGCCAGCACCGGCGCCGGGGACUCCAUGUCCGUGGCCGACUGGCCGCUGCAGGUGACCACCCGGCCGGCGGCCUUCCGCCAGGAGGCCUUCGAGCUGUAUGUCCGCCACCGGGCCCGGCUGCAGGGGACGCACUUCUUCUCGUCGCUGGAUGUCGGAUCGGCCGGCGGCGGUGCCGAGGCAGGCGGCCGGCGCUCGGGGGCCCCCGGGCCCGGGGGCUUCCCGGUGCCGGGGAGCCCGGCCUGCCCGGCCGCCGGGCCCGGUGCCGGGGCGGCCGUGUCCCCGGCCGAGCUGGCCCGCCUGGCGGCCCAGCCGCUGGGCGAGCUGGGCGUCGACCUGCACGAAGCCGAGCAGGCCUUUCGCCAGCUGUAUGUCGACUCGCCGCUGUUGCUGGAGCGUGCGGAUGGCGGGCCGACUGCGGCGGCCCCGGGGCCGGCCGGGGCCGGGGCCGAUACCCCCUCCGGGCCCGGGCCCGGGCCCGGGCCCGGGCUCGAUCCCGAGGUGGUCUUCGCCAACCGAUCGCUGGACACCUUCCCGGCCAUGGUGUAUGGCACCUUCCAUGACGAGUACCGGACCCCCUGCGGGCGGCUGGUGGCCCUGGCCCUGGUGGACCGGCUGCCGCACAUGGUGUCCCGCACGCGGCCGGUCAUCUUCGAUCCGUAUGUCCUGCUGGCGGCCGCCGGGCCGGGGUGCGUGCGGGGGCCGUGCGGGGCGGCCGGCAGCCGGCGCCCCGGCGGCGGCGGAGGUCCCCCCCUGCCGCCGGCCCCGACGCUGGCCGACAUCGCCCAAGUGGGCAAGCUUUCCAUCGGGGUGUACACCACGCUGGAGCUCAUGUGGCGGACCAAGCACUUUUGCGGGCUGCUGAUGCAACGCUACCAUGCCGGCAUGGCCGGGGGGGCGGCGCCAUCCUCCGCCCCCUCGGGGUCGAGUCCCGCCGGCGCGGCCGCGGGGGAUGGGUCGCGGGCCGGGCGGGCCGGGGCUCGGCCGGGCCGGCGUGUGCGUCGGCCGGCCGGGGCCGGGGCCGGGGCCGGGGCCGCGCCUCGGCGGCCGCCCGUCCUGGCUGACGCCAUCCAAUCGCUGGCGCAUGGAUCGGCCGGGGCCGGGGCCGGGGCCGCCUCGGCGGCCGGGCCGCCGGUCCAGCGCUAUGUGCACUUCGGCUACUACUACUAUGCCUCCUCGUCGCCGGCGUCGCACCUGGCCCUGCCGGCCUUCUCCGGCGGCGCCGGCCCCGGUGGGCUUGGCGGCGGGGGCGGGGGCGGUGCCGGGCGCGGCGCCGGCCCCGGCGCCCCCCGGCAAUCGGCUCGCUUCACCGCCUCGUACCUGGGGUCCGGGGCGCUGGCCGGCGCGGCGGCCAUGGCCCAGAGCGCCAACGCCCCGACCGGCCUGGAGAUCCUGGACAGCCAGGCAUUUGUGUGGCUCCCGCUGGACCUGUGCCGGCCGCUGUUGGCGCGCCAUGCCCGGCGGGCCACCUUCGUCAGCGAGGAGACCGCCCUGGUCUUCCGCGAGGAUGAGAUCUCUGACCGGGACCUGGACGAUGUGCCGAUCGACAGCGCCGACCCGGCCGGCUGUUUGCUGGCCAAGGACCACGGGGUGUUUGGCCCGGGCCGUCACUCGCGCCAUGAGCGGGGGCGGUAUGCCUCCCUGUUCGCGGGGUCGGUGCCCCGACGGAUGAUCGUCCGCUUCACAUAG